AAACUUCAAACAAACUCGACAUGUGUCAAAUGUACGUAAACUAAUAAUGUGUUUUGUUAUUACUUAAUUUCAUUACUCAUCAUUUAUUUUGACUAUAACAAAGGAAACUAUGUAUGAGUACAACGCAAUAUAAACUAUACAAGUUGAGGUAAAACAAUGUUGUAUAUAUGAUUAUAAAUCCGUUUUAAACAAAUCGUGCAACGAUAAUGUGAUAUUGAGAUUACAAUAAUUGGUAAACGCGUACUUUGGAACCAUGGCCGCUGCCCUUGCAAACGAUUCUCCCAGAUAUCGCAAUAGUUUAAUCUGCUGCAGCCCUAGAAGUGUUGAAGUUACGUCAAGAUCUUCGUCAUCUACGUCGGGAUGCGUGUCUGCAGACGAAAGUUUCGACUCGAGCUACAUUCCCAAAUCCAUAGCUAACAAAAAACUCAAAAUUCACAGUACAGCGACUAGAGAGGAAAUAGAAAAGGCGAUAAACCAAUGUAAGGAUCUAGUUUUAAACAGUCCUCAGUGUUCAGAUGAGCGUAAAUGGUUAGUGCGUUAUUUAGUUGAACUACGUUUAAGAUUAGAAGAUCUCAAGGAAAAUGACGGUCAACAGAGGCCCAGAGUCGCGAUAAAGGGCCAUCAUUUUGAGCAGCAAACUAGUACUAGUAACAGGAAACAAUACUGUGAUCACUGUAGCGGAGUUAUAUGGAGUAUCGUACAAAGUUCGUAUGUGUGUACCGACUGUGGCUAUGUAUGUCACUUUAAGUGUGUUGACGACGUAUGCAGAGUGUGUGCGCAUGUUGUUAUGACUGAGCGGGGUCAAUUCGAAAUGAGUAUAUGCCCUGAAAAAGGAUUGGCAUCGCAAGACUACAAAUGUGCAGAGUGUAGCACAGCUCUUACAUUUAAAGAUACAUGGAACGAACCCCGUCUCUGCGAUUACACAGGGAUGUAUUUCUGUGCCACGUGCCAUUGGAACGACCAGUCCGCCAUUCCCGCCAGAGUCGUACAUAACUGGGAUUGGGAUAAGAGAUACAUAUCAAGAAUAGCGUACCAAAUGCUCAACUUAUCCUGGUCUCGACCGUAUAUUGACGUUGAAAGUAUUAACUCGAGGCUGUUUAAUUUCAUAGCUGAAUUAGAAUGGGUCCAUAAAAUGCGCAAGGACCUUGAAUGGAUGAGACGAUACUUAUGUGCCUGUACCGAGGGAUCAAAUCUUCUGUCUCCGUUAUUUAUUCAACUCGGAGAUGUUAAUAAGAAGUACAGUAUGGCUCAUUUACAAGCAAUAAACGAUGGAAGUCUGGAAACUCAAUUAACGGAGUUAACAGAAAUAUGCCGAGCGCAUAUAACCAAGUGCCAAUUAUGUUCAGGAAAGGGUUAUCUGUGUGAAGUCUGCGGCAACAAUGAGAUCCUCUAUCCGUUCGACAGUGGAGCAAUAUUGUGCGACAAAUGUAACUCAAUGUACCACAGGGGUUGCUGGCUGAGGAAAGGACAGACAUGCUUAAAAUGCGUACGCUUAGAUCAAAGAAAGAAGGAGACAGUACAGACUUCUGACGAUGUUGACACACAUUUAGAAUAUGAUAUCGAUAAAUUUGUUGAAUAAUUUCUACUUUGUUUUACUGAUUUGUAUAUUUUCAUCAUAAAUAUUUCUAACAUAUUAUAUUGUAAAUAAUUAGUAAGCUUAAGUGAUUAUUUGACCAACUUUGUUGGAAACAACUUUUUUAUAUAGCUUGAAUUUGGCUGAAGCAUAAAUUAUACAGUCUCGACUGACAUAAGAGAUGUUAAAAUUUAAAUUUAAAAAAAAUCAUUGCCUCGGUGCUGUCACAAUGUUUUCAAUAAAUAAGCUUUAACAUGAAUAACGCUAGAUUUUCUCCAAUAUUAAUAAUAAAAAUUGUUGUUUAUUUUGGCUGAUUAUUAAUAAAAUAGAAGAUCAUGA